CCCUUGACAAGUCAGCUAACCUUGCUUUACGAAGCAACGUACGUUAAACAUGAAACCCAGUGCUUAUACGUCAUCUACCGUUAACGUUUCGCAGUCAGCUGGAGCCUAUGGAACGUUUAUAUCUUGAUGUUAUGUAGACAUGGACACCACACUGUCGUCUAAGUAACUAUAUGCCUUCGGCGGAAUAGGAGCGUUUCACCCGAGCGAAACAGACGGUUCUUCGACCCACAAUGCCGCCCGGCACGCCAACAGUAAAGAAAGACAGUAGUAGCCCCAGUACGCCUUCUUCGCCAGCACGGGAUCCCGGUGGCAGCGAUGGGGAACAGCAGCGGCCACCUACUAGCGUCAAAGUGGAUACGCACGUCCGACUCGCCAAUUUCAGGGCGAAGGUCCAGGCUCUUGGACGGAAAUCUAAAAAUGGCGGUUUCGAGGCCUUAACGGACCUUAUCGCUGAAGCCAGCAUCAACAAGGCCAGCCUCAUGGACUCCCGCCAGGCCUCCCGCGAGCUGGUGAAGCUGCUCUCGCUGCCGGCCUCACAGCGCCGGGCCACCACAUACAGGGACCUGUGUGAGACCGGCCGCAACGUGGAGCUGCCCCACUGGCACGGCACCGACCGGCGGCAGCUGUACGUGUGGUACCACUGCUGCCAGCGGCUGCGGCUGGCGGAGGUGGAGGAGGGGCAGGCGGUGUGCCGCGCGGGGGAGGUGGGAGACUGCGCAUACUGGCUGCUCACGGGCACCCUGGAGGAAGCCCCUCCGCCGCCCCCACCACCUCCCGCCUCGCCCCCAAGGCCCACACGUGUGACACCCCGCCAGCACCACCCGCACCCGCAACCGCACGCAGCUGCAGCAGCAGCAGCACCCGCCGACCCCACCCCUGCUACCCCGGCUACAGCCGCUGGGGAGGGCGGACCCCCAGGCAGCAGCAGCGGCAGCACGGGCGGCCCCUCAGCCACCACAGACGUCGUCCCCACCGCCGUCGCGCACAUCAACGCACCCCACAUCCUACCCCACGGCAGCAGCGGUGAUAGCGGCGGAGGCAGCGGCAAGCUGCUAGCUCGUUGCAUGGUCAGCAGUGGCGGCGGCGGCAGCGGCAGCUUCUGUCUCCCCUCCGCCGGCCCCCCCAUCACAGUGCCCGCGGGUGCCCCGCUGACCGCCACGGUGGCGGCCACCAUGGCCAUGUCUCGGACGGGGCGGGUGCUGACACCGCCCAUGGUGCUGUCACCGCCGGGGGGCGGGGGGGGAGGAGGGGGAGUGCGGCAGGCGGCCAGGAGCAUCCGGGUGUUUGAGCGCGUGGGCCAGGAGGCGCUGCUGGGGAACCCCUACACCACCACCGUCAAGGCCACCCGGCGCUGCCAGCUUGCCGCCCUCUCCCGCUGCGACUACCAGGCAGUGGUGGCGGCGGCUGCUCAGAAGAGCUUCGAGGGGCUCAAGGCCAUGAGCUGCCUGCUGGCUACCAAGUCCGCCCGCCACCCCUCCGUGCUGGCCGACCUGGCCUCGCUCCUCUCCGUCACCGAGCUCUUCCAGGCCACCGACCCCGAGUUCCGACCCGAGCUGUGCGGCCUAGCGGAGUUCCUGGCGCUGCCGGAGGGUACUGUGUUGUUCGAGGAGGGGGACAAGGUGGACUUCAGCUACAUCGUACUCAAGGGCGAGGUGGCGCUCAGCCGCUACAACGAGUCUCGCAAGGUGCUGGAGGACAUUGCCAUCGUGGGAACGGGGCAGCACUUUGGCACGCUGACGCCGCAGGCCAUUGCUGCGGCGGUGGGGCCCAGCGGGGUGUCGGGACAGCAGGGGUCGGGGUCGGGCAGCGGCAGCGGAGGCGUGGGGAGCAGCUCCGGAGCCGCGGUGGGAGGCGGUAAUUUCGAUAAGAAGCGGAACUUCUCGGCAAGGUGCACGCAGCCUACCGAAUUUGCCAUUGUCUCCAAGCUGGGAUACCAGCGUCUGAUCCGGAACCAGCUUCAGAAGUCCGUGGCAGUUCGGCUUAAAGUUCUCCAGGGCAUGGCCAUCAUGAAGUCCGCAUCCUCUCAGAACUCGCUCUCGCGGAUCGCAACGUUCUGCCAGGAUGAGACCUUCAGCGCGGGUAGUACGGUGGUGGACCCCGCCUGCCCGCCCCUGCGCCUCUUCUUCGUAGUGGAGGGGCAGGCCAAGCUGCUGUGGGUGGCGGAGCCGCCCACGCAGUUGCCGCCCCCAGUGGACCGCCUCCUAGCCGAGCGACCCGGCCCCUCCGGCAGCGGUCUCUCUGGCGGCACCUCGGCAGCGACAGCAGCGGCAGCAGGGGGAGGGGGAGGAGGGGCCGGCAGCCUGGGUGCCUCCUCCUCGGCCGCCGGCGCCGGCGCUGUGAGCUCCUCCG